AUGCAUGUGGCGGUGGUGGCAACAGCCUUGGUCCUGCUCCUGAGCAUGGGGUGGACGGCAGACUCACUCUGCUCACCCACCAUUUUUUACAGAGACUGUUGGAUCCGUCGCUUUCCAGGGCUUCUGAUUAACCUGGAGGAGUCUCAGAAGCUGGGAGCUCAGUUCCUGAAGUAUUAUUCGGAAAGCACCGGCCAGAAAUGCAGCAGGAGCUGCUGCCUUAGGAAGGAUGUUUCCUGUAACGUGGCUGUCUUCUACCAUGAUCCUAUUCAUGACAAUGUCAACUGCCUCCAUAUUCACUGCCCAACGCUGGAGAGCUGCAUAUUAGAGCCUGGAACCAGUGCCAUUUUAUACAACAUAACAGAAGGUAUAGAUCCAGAUUUGCUGGUUUUUGAACAAUCACCUCCCACAUAUCUAAAUACCCGUUCUUCAUCUAACACAUGGGACAGACUACGGAUUUUAAAAGCUACACAUUUAGAUAAACAACAACCCACUGUGAUAAACCAAAUGCUGCCAUCCACAGAGGCGCCAUCAAUAACCACACAUCAAGAUUUGGUUGUCAACACAGACAAUACCAGGUAUUCCAGGGAAUUAACCACAGAUUCUUGGGCAAGAUUCAUUUCCCUGAAUGACUUCAUUACCACAGAUGUAAAUAUGGUCUCACACAGCACUGAUUUCAUCAAUAAUCCAGAUAACAAGACUAUUUCUCCUUUCUUUGUUCCCAUAGACACAAAACUUUUUCAUAGGCCUAUUCCAUCCCGACUCAACAGUAGCAAGCAAUUACUAAACAAAACCAAGGGGUCCAACAGCAGAAACUACACAUCUGAGAAGGGAGACAUGACCCCUGAUGGGGCAUCUAUGACUUCAAAGAUGUGGCUGGCUCCAGUAGCCCUCUGUACCUCUUUUGUCUUCCUUUGCUGUUGUAUAAUCAUCCUGGCAUCUGGAUGCUGUAGAAAGCAGCAGGGCCAGUAUAAGUUGGGACAGAGAAAGUCAGAAUCCAGGCAAAUUAAAAAAUUUAACACUCUAAAGGAGAACUCUUAAAAGUUACAGAGAGACUGUAAGCUUCCAAGAGGAUCAUUUUUAGUUUCCUUAAGACAAGGGCAGUUGGUUAAAAAAAAUAAUCGCACAGGAUGCCCAGUUCCACCAAUCUCUAAAAAAAGGCCAAAUGCUUGAUAAACUUAACUGCUUUUUUUCAUUAUUUCUAUUUUUUGAAAUAUUAUUAUCACAUUUUAUAGAUGAGUAAAUGAGAAGAGAGGCUAAAUAUCUUGCCUAAAGUCACAGAGCUAAUAAAUAGUGAAGGCAGGAUUUAAUAGGUAAUCUGGUUCAAAAGUUCAUGCUUGAAAUCAGUUAGAUUAAAAGCUUCCAUUGUCCCAAAAAGCAUGGAAAAAAGAUACAGAGAGGAAAACACCAUAACAUCAUAUUUGUCUCCUGUCAAGGUCAAAUUAUUGUCAUGUAUGUUAAUAAAAUCUUUUAGUGGUUUGGACAGAAGAGCGCUGUUAUUACAGUUACUAACCCAUGUGCAAACGGCUGCCUGUUUUUAUACAGUUUUAAUGUUCAAUUGAUUAAUUCCUCUUAAUCCUAAACCGUCUUCAUUUUUGAAAGCUGAUAUGCCUUCAAAUAACUUUGGUACUGGAAUCUUUGAGUUUUGUGUUGAUCCCUGUUGAAUAAACCUUGGGAGUUUCAGUUCCCAUUCCUCAUGUGUAUGCAUUGUUUUCCCAGGUUCAAAUAUUAGCUGUA